UUUCCACCAGGAAAUAAGCUUAGCGUUAGGAAAUAGCAAUUUGGUGAUCUCCAUCAUGGCAGCAACCACGCUCACCAUGAAGCUCCUCGUCGAUUCCAGCCCGCCGCGCCCACGCGUGGUGUUCGCGGAGGCCGGCAAGGACACGGUCGACUUCCUCUUCUCCCUCCUCGCCAUGCCUUCCGGCACAGCCGUGAAGUUGCUGGGGAUGGAGUCCAUGGUCGGCAGCAUCGCCAACCUCUACGCCAGUAUCGAGAAGCUUGGCGACCCUUACAUGGAGCCUGGCGCAACCAAGGAGGCUUUCCUCUGCCCCACCGUGCUAUCCCCUGCGGCGAGCCCCAAGAGCUCCCUCUUAUGCUUGCCGGGGCCGCCCUCGGCUCCGAAGAGUUUUUAUAGAUGUGACCGUGGUGGUUUGUACAGCAGCUGCCGAAACUACGUGACGAACGACAGAGGUGCUCGCUGCCCUGCCUGUGGAAGCCAGAUGAUUUAUGAUUCCCGGUAUGUGUCAUCCGGAACUGUUACCCAAGAAGCCAAAGGGUUCGUGCAGGGUGGCAUGGCGACGUACACGGUGACGGACGAUCUCAUGAUCUUUCCCAUGUCGAACAUCUCCAACAUGGCGAUGCUCAACACCGUCGCAGUAAGGAACCUUAGCGCACUCCAGGAGAAGACCGUGCAGAUCGGGUACGAGGAGGGGUUAGCGAUUGUGAAGGCCUCUCUGCAGUCCAAGACUGUCCUCACUGAUGUUUUCCUUCGCAAGAAGCCGAACAGCAGCACCCCUUCGUUGUCUAACAACGAUAGGUCCCUCCCCUGGGGUGCUUGAAGCGUGUGAAAGUGCAGCUUGACCCUUGUGGCUGGCUACA